AUGCAUCUAGCUCAUUGCUGUCAGAUUAAUCAGAUGGUUCAUGUUUCCAUCUUGGUCGUCUCAUCAUUCGAGCGAAUGGUAAGAAUCCACCAUUUCAUAGCGUCACAUCCUUUCAAAGAUGAAGCGGCACUGGGCUCCGACGACGUCAGACAACGUUCGGUCUUGAUGGAUAUGCCUUUUUGCGGCAGGCCUAGAAAACCUCGCCCACUGAGAUCUCACCGAAUCCAUCCUGUCAUCCAUCGCAGGUUACAAUAUUUUCAUCUCAUCGUCCGCGGGCCUAGCGGUGAUACAAGCGAUAAUCAGCCCGCGACUUCCCCCAUGACAGGUGCAUCUGUAGAAGAAUCUAACGUAUUUGUCUGA